AUGCUGGGAGGCCUGGGAAAGCUGGCGGCUGAGGGGCUGGCCCACCGCACGGAGAAGGCCACUGAGGGAGCUGUCCAUGCUGUGGAGGAAGUGGUAAAGGAGGUCGUGGAGCAUGCCAAGGAGGCCGGUGAGAAAGCCAUUUCUGAAGCCUUUAAGAAAGUCCAAGAGUCGGGGGACAAAGUGGUGAAGGAAGUCAAUGAGAAGGUAACCAACACAGUCACCGAGGCCAUCACCCAUGCUGCAGAAGGCCUGGGCAAACUGGGACAGUGA